UUUCCAUACAUCCCAGGAAUGUAAACAAAAACAAAAUCAACGAAGUUUUUUCAACUUUGGAAACUCAACAAAACCACCAGCGCCACCUACGAUGUCUUAUAAGAAGAAGAAAACACAAAAGUAUGGUUAUGUGUGAUAGAAGGAAAAACACAAAGUGUUGAAAAAAUUCUCAGUUUCUGUGCUAAAUUCGCAUUGAACGGGCUGCAAAUUAGUCAUCGCGAUGCUGUGAAGUGCUGCGGGAGGUGUUGGAUUGUCAUUCAGUGUGUGGCAUUGUUUGUGACGCAAUUUUUUAAGGCCCCUAAAACCUUCCCGGACAUUCACAGAGCAAAGGAUCUCCCAGUGCAGGGUGGAGGAUUUACCACAACAACACAAUAAACCAGGGAAGUGUCUUCCCACCAAAUCAGUAUUGUUAACCUCAAGUGAUCUUGACCUCCGGAAUUAUGUGCGACAGCUCUUGGAAUGCAAAUAUCCACAUUGUGACAUGGAACGUGAGCACGCGGUAUCCCGAAGGAGUUGCUCUGCAUUCCCUCCUUGGACUCAACACCAAUCCCGAACACGAUGGAGAUUUGCCGGAUUUUUACGUUAUUGGAUUGCAAGAGGUGAAUGCUCAGGUGCAGAACCAGGUGAUUGGGCUCUUCAAGGAGGAUCCGUGGACAAAUAAAUUCAAGGAGAUGCUGAAGGAGCGCAAUUUCGUCGUGGUGAAGACGGAACAAAUGCAGGGGCUGCUGCUGAUGAUCUUCACGCGGAAGAAGCACCUGCUGCAUCUGCGUGAAAUUGAGGCGGAGUACACGCGAACGGGUCUCGGGGGGAUCUGGGGCAAUAAGGGUGCUGUGAGUAUUCGAAUGAACAUCUACGGGUGCACGGCGGUUUUCCUAAAUUCCCACCUUGCUGCUCAUGACCACAUGCUGGAUGAGCGCGUGGAGGAUUACCAUAAAAUUCUGCAGGAGCACAAAUAUCACAUAAAGUCACGCGAGACCAUCUUCAACCAUGACUAUGUAUUUUGGUUUGGCGAUCUCAACUUCCGUCUAACGGGAGAAGCCACCACGAGCCCUGAAGACAUCCGGGCUGAGGUGAAAAAAGACAAUUUGGGGGAGCUGAUGCAGAAAGAUCAGCUGCUACUUGUGAUGAAUCAAGAACGCGCCUUCAGUGAACUCACAGAGCGCCUUCCGGCAUUCCCGCCGACCUUUAAAUUUGAGCCAGGAACUCAGGAAUAUGACAUGAAGCGCCGUCCAGCGUGGUGCGAUCGAAUCCUCUAUCGCGUCUCCGACAGGAAGUACAACAAUGUAAAAUUAAUUGCAAAGCAAAACAGCUACAAGAGCCAUCCAGCCUUCUCUAUUAGUGACCACAAGCCAGUUUCGAGUGAAUUUAACAUCAAGAUUUUCAGUGAUCCGUCGGAGAAGAUGGUGGAGUUUGCCCCCAUUGACACGUGGACCAUUGGGGAGGAGUACACGGUGAAGUACACACUACCCGAGGGACUGGAUGAUGCCGGAAGUGAUUGGAUUGGCGUGUACAAUGCCGAUUUCGGGAGCGUGGAGGAAUAUCAAGCGUACGAGUACACGAGCAGGUGCAAAGAGGAACAGAGGAGAACCUUUUCACUUACAUUCCCGGACACGCUGCACCUUCCGGAGGAUCCAGCGCAAACAUACGUAUUGCUGUACUUCCAGAGCACAGGGACACGUGGAAUAACCGGCCUAGCGGGUAUGAGUGAACCCUUCCACGUGGAACAUCGUGCCCGUAGCCCAAGUGUCAGUUCAGUUGAUUGAUCCACACGGUGCAAAGCGCGCGGCCACAGCCACACGAAUUUAGAGGAUUGUUCGUCAAUUAAAUCGGCAGCAUUCACAACACCAUUUUAGGAGUGAAAAAAAAAGAGCUUUUUUUAGCCUUUCGAAGCACGCACGCUUCCAUUUAUUUUGUUGUUAGAGAAAUUCUUUUUUAAAUGAUGCAAAUUUUAUUUUGUAAAAGCGUUAUAUGGGCUCUGUUGUUGAGAAAUAAAAUUUAUUUUAUGUUGCAAGAAAUUU